GUCCCACGAGACAUUUUGGCUCUGGUAGCUGAUGGCUUAGAGCCAACAUGGCCUGUAAACAACAACAGCGUCAAAGUAAAGUUAACCGAAUCUGAUUGUCGGCGUGUUGUCUUGCACUUGUUUAGAUGAAAAGAGAUAGCGUUGAGUGAAUUUUCAACAAUGCUUCGAAAGUGUUUAUGAUUGACAUCCUGAAGACGGGACAUCAUUCUCUUCAGCGGGUUGCUUAUGAGCCAUGUCCACACAGCAACCCAACAGCUCAGCCUCCAACAGCCCCACCAGCUUUCUAGGUUCUCCUUUUCCAGUGAUAAGUCCCUCAAUCAACUCUCCAGUUGUAUCUCCCUCUUUGGGAUUCGGACCCAUCAGCAGCAGUCAGAUUUCAUCUUCAGCACCGAGAACAGGGAUGCAUUCAGUCAGCAGUUCAGAGGAUAUUAAGCCUCCAUUUGGUCUGAGGCCCAUGCAAGCUCACAGCCCAGGGAUAAUGAUGUCUCAGAAACGACUGUGCGUGAUCUGUGGCGACCGCUCUUCUGGCAAACACUAUGGCGUUUACAGCUGUGAAGGCUGCAAAGGUUUCUUUAAACGAACUGUGCGCAAAGACCUCAGCUACACCUGCAGGGAUAACAAGGAGUGCCUGGUGGACAAACGCCAGCGCAACCGCUGCCAGUACUGUCGCUACCAGAAGUGCCUGGCCAUGGGUAUGAAGAGAGAAGCGGUUAAUCCUAUAAAGUGGAAAAACAAGGAUGGAAAAGAUGAGGGAUGGAUGACGGUUCAGGAGGAGCGUCAGAGGAACAGAGAGCGAGAAGGAGAGCUGGAGUUCAGUUCUGGAGUAAAUGACGAGAUGCCUGUGGAGAAGAUCUUGGAGGCAGAGAUGGCCGUAGAUAUGAGGGUGGACCUCCACUCCGAUGGAGGAUCUGCAGGAAACUCUCCCCAUGAUGCCGUUUCUAACAUCUGCCAGACUGCGGACAAACAGUUGUUUGCUUUGGUGGAGUGGGCAAAGAGAAUCCCUCAUUUUUCAGAGCUACCCAUCGAUGAUCAGGUCAUCCUUCUGCGUGCAGGAUGGAAUGAGCUCCUGAUUGCCUCCUUCUCUCAUCGCUCCAUUCCUCUGAGGGAUGGAGCUCUCUUGGCUUCCGAGCUGCAGCGUGACAGCGCACACAUGGCCGGAGUCGGUGCUAUUUUUGAUAGGGAGAGUGUGCAGAGUGCAGAAGUUGGUGCCAUAUUUGACAGGGUUCUUACCGAACUUGUUAACAAAAUGAGAGAUAUGCAAAUGGAUAAAACGGAGCUGGGCUGUCUCCGGGCUAUUGUCCUGUUUAACCCAGAUGCUAAAGGGCUCUCCAGCACAAGUGAGGUGGAGCUUCUUAGAGAAAAAGUCUAUGCAUCACUGGAAGCCUACUGCAAGCAGAAGUAUCCAGAGCAGCAGGGAAGGUUUGCUAAGCUCCUCCUUCGACUUCCUGCGCUGCGUUCCAUUGGCUUAAAGUGCUUGGAGCAUCUUUUUUUCUUCAAACUGAUCGGGGACACGCCUAUCGACACCUUCCUCAUGGAAAUGCUUGAAGCCCCCCAUUAGUUGUCUUAGAUAGGAGUUGCAUUCUGUGGAUUUUAAAUGGCUGCAGUCUGGGGGGGGCGGGCGUGGGACUGGAGUGGCACUUUAAGUUCUUUUUAAGAUUUGUCAGUUUGUCUCACUGCUGUCUGCGUUACACCUUAGUGCAGCACAGAUUUGCUCUUUAGACCAAACUCAAGGCUUGGCAUGAUCUUCAAGCUGGUGCUAAGUGUUGUCAUAACUUCAUGCAUAAAACUAUGGUAAACACAUGAAUAUUUUUAAGAAAAUAUUUACGCAUUUCUGAGUGGCUAUAAUUUGAGUACUCAUUUUUAUAUGACUUUUUAAACACCUAAACUCAUCUCUAAUGCCUUUUUAUUUUUCAAUUCAAGAAGGCUGCAUUCUGAAUUACGCUUUUAAAAAAAAAUUUUUUAAUUUAAAUCGGGUGAAAUCGAAGCUCUGAAUGAACUUGAUAGAACCGAAGCCCUGAGAUCGAUAGCAGGUUUAAAAUGAUCCCAGAAUUAAGUUUGUACCUCUUGUAUUGCUAAGUGUUUACAUGUUUUUCCUUGAAACCAGAUCCGUUCCCCAUCGUUUUCGAUGACAGAAAGAAACUGCACAUUUGGGAUUUGUGCUUCUUCUUAAACUUUAAACAAACCGCCUUAACCUUCCAGGCGUUGAGGGGUUGUUUGUUUGUUGUGGUGCUAUUUUAGAGCUGAUUUGACAUUACUGUUGAAGUUGCACACCAAACCAUGAACCUAAGAAUAUAUGCAAAACUAGUAAUUCCUUUUGUUGAUCUUUGUUUUGAAAAUGUAGCAAUAUAAGACGAAGCCUGCAUAAACCUGUCAUUUAUUAGAUGUUUUGGAAAGAAAAACCUUUUGAGUGGAAAGGGAAUACUCCAUGUUUGUAAUUUAUCUAUACAAUUUUAAGGUACUGUGCUAAACAAAAGGGUCAGGGAGAACGCACAUAAAAUAUUAGGGUAAUAGACAAAUUCAAACUAUAAUUUUAUUAUGAGCCCUUUUUUUUUUUUUUAGAUGGAAUAAAGCAGAAUGUGUUUUGGGUUGCACUGGAGUUGUUGAGACUUGAUCAGCUUUUGUUGUAUGCUUUUUGUGAUGCUUGGUUUCAUUUCCCAUCUUUCCCUUUAUCUUUUUCUAGCUAGCUUACUUCAUUCAGUUUUUGCUGUUUGAU